UUGUCGCUGACAAGGCCGGAGAUGGGGAAUCAUCUCAAGAUUCUGUGUCUGAGUAAUGGUGCGCCUAUGUCUUGUAUCGCGAGAUAAGAAGAGAAUAAAGACAACUGACAUCAUGGCAACACAGGAGAUGCCGAUGGCCUCGGCGCCGUCCGCGCAAAAGAACUCCAACAAAGCGCCAAAAAGCUCGGUCUCCGUAGCGAAUCUGACGUCUUCGUCGUCGACGAUCCCUCCCGUUUCCCUGAUAGCAUGACUGCAAAUUGGACCGAGAGCGAUGUAUCCAAUGUGCUUGCCUAUGCAUUUGCCCCCGAGCUCGCCUCCGCCACGUUGAAAAAGAAGAGCACAAAUAAAGGGCCUCCGGUCUCGACCAUCGAUGUGCUGUUGACUUUCGAUAAACAUGGUAUCAGCAACCAUCCCAACCACCGCUCGCUGUAUUACGGAGCUCUAGACUUCCUGCGUUCGUUGAUGAAGGAUAAGCCUGGUUAUGCAUGCCCGGUCUCAUUGUACACAUUGUCUACGACGACUAUUUUCCGGAAGUAUAUUGGUGUCUUCGACGCGCCGUUGACUAUGCUCCGCGGCGCAUUGCAUACCAUUUUUUCGGGCAGUGGUAAAGGAAAGGGCAAGAAGGAUGAGCUGCCUGGUCAGCUGCUGUUUAUUAACUCUGUUAAUGAAUAUCUCACUGCGCAGUCGGCGAUGGUUAAUGCGCAUAAGAGCCAGAUGGUCUGGUUCCGGUAUGGGUGGAUUACCAUUGGGAGAUAUAUGGUUGUAAAUGAUUUGAGGAGGCAGUGGGCUUGAGCGAAGCGAAUGAUACUUAAUCUUCGCUUUACUCUUUGUCUAAUUUGGACUGUUAUAUAUUGUAUGAUAAACCCGAAAUGAAUUAUUACCACAUAAAUAUCAUCCUUGCGGACUCAAAC